UCGGGCGGACCAAUCAGCGAUGCGGCUGAACGCGGACGGGCCGUCACGUCAAUUGCAGUCGUGUCGGGAAAGGAAUGUUAGCGACCAACAAACGGAACAACUGAGCAGUCGGCAAUUGCUCGCCGGGACGGAGGAAUUCCACCUUUUUGGGGAACAUUCGCGAGUCUGCGCGCAACUGCGAGGUCUGCGUUUUUCUGGGGAGAGGAGGACUUGACUGUGUUUUCUAUCACAGCGCGUCUCGGCCGACGUGUGGAGCUUGUUGGCCAAAAGAAGAAGGAGAAGAGCAAUGCCCGGCUUCGUCAGAUUAGACUGGUGCCGCUGAAGUGCUCCUCGUGCCGCGUCGCCUGCUGCUCUUCACCCGGAGGGAGCGACUCCCCACACGGGCACUUUUCCGUUUGAAAAGCUCCGAAUGAGAGUGUGGAGAGGCGCAAGGUUCGGGCGGCACUCGCCGUUUUCGGUGCACCCAAGCCCCCUCGACAUGCUGGUGCUCCCCAGACGCGAGAAAAAGGGAAGCCGCUGUUAAGAUCGCCCACAUGCCCUGGAUCACUCGCUGGAUUUGGGCACCGAAUACGCAGAAGGGGGGUUGGGGAUCCUUGGAGGAGGCAGCCGCAGGAUGGAGCCGUGGAAGCGGGGUUGCUGAGAGCCUAACUUCGGGCCACUUCGCUGUUCUUAUUCCCAAGCAACUCUCAUCUGUUCCCUGGACACAUGCAGGCCAAAAAACGCUACUUGAUCCUGCUGUCGGCCGGUGCUUGUCUGGCGCUUGUCUACCUCGGAGCGGUUCCGCUUCCAACGGCGAGCAGGCACCGGCAUGAUAGCAGCCGUCACGGGUACCGGUCCGAUCACCCGUGGCCUCACUUCUCGGACCGCUUACAGCCAUUUGUGCCCUGGGAUCAGCGUGACAUCGAGGAGUACAACGUGCACGCCUCUGCGAAGCAUGACCGGGACGUGAACACCAGUGUUUACAAAGGCAAAAGGUGCCGAAUGGAUUCGUGCUUUGACUUUUCUCGGUGUCAAAAGAACGCUUUCAAAGUUUAUGUGUACCCGCAGCAGAAGGGGGAGAAAAUCUCCGAGAGUUACCAGAACAUAUUGUCCGCUAUUGAGGGGUCCAGGUUUUACACAUCGGACCCCAGCCAGGCGUGUUUGUUCGUGCUGAGUUUGGACACCCUCGACCGGGACCAGCUGUCUCCACAGUACGUCCACAACCUGAAGACCAAGAUCCAGAGCUUGCCUCUGUGGAACGAUGGCAGGAACCAUCUUCUCUUUAAUUUAUAUUCCGGGACGUGGCCGGACUAUACGGAAGACUUGGGCUUUGACAUCGGCCAGGCGAUGCUGGCCAAGGCCAGCAUCAGCACAGAAAACUUCCGAGCCAACUUCGAUGUUUCCAUCCCUCUUUUCUCCAAGGAGCACCCGAGGAGAGGCGGGGAGAGGGGUUACCUGAAAUAUAACUCCAUCCCCCCGUUUCGAAAGUACAUGCUCGUCUUCAAGGGGAAGCGCUACCUGACUGGUAUCGGUUCGGACACCAGGAAUGCCUUACAUCACGUCCACAAUGCGGAGGAUGUGGUGCUGCUCACCACCUGCAAGCACGGCAAAGACUGGCACAAGCACAAGGACGCACGCUGUGACAAGGAUAACGCAGAAUAUGACAGGUAUGACUACAAGGAGAUGCUCCACAACUCCACCUUCUGCCUGGUACCCCGAGGCAGGAGGCUGGGCUCCUUUCGCUUCCUUGAGGCCCUGCAGGCCGCAUGUGUGCCCGUGAUGCUUAGUAACGGCUGGGAGCUGCCUUUCUCCGAGAUCAUCAACUGGAAUACGGCAGCAGUCAUUGGUGACGAGAGGCUCCUGCUGCAGAUUCCAACCACGGUACGUUCCAUCCACCAGGAUAAGAUCCUGUCGCUUAGACAGCAGACGCAGUUCCUAUGGGAGGCCUACUUCUCCUCUGUGGAAAAAAUAGUGCUGACGACACUUGAGAUCAUCCAGGACCGUGUUUUGGAGCACAGUUCCCGGAGCACCCUGAUGUGGAAUAGCCACCCCGGGGGGCUCUUUACUCUGCCACAGUACUCGAGCUCCCUUGGAGACUUCCCCUUCUUCUACGCCACAUUGGGUAUUAAACCGUAUCCAAAGUUCACUGCUGUCAUCCACGCCGUCUCUAACCUGGUGUCGCAGUCCCAACCAAUCCUCAAGCUGCUGGUGGCAGUGGCCAAGUCCCAAUAUUGUGCACAGAUUGUUGUGUUGUGGAAUUGUGACAAGCCCCUCCCUGCCAAGCACCGCUGGCCCGCCACCUCCGUGCCCGUCAUUGUCAUCGAGGGGGAAAACAAGGUGAUGAGCAGCCGCUUCUUUCCAUACGAGACCAUUGUGACCGAUGCAGUCCUCAGUCUGGAUGAAGACACGGUGUUGUCCACCACAGAGGUGGACUUUGCCUUCACCGUGUGGCAGAGCUUUCCCGAGCGAAUCGUCGGCUAUCCCGCACGCAGCCACUUCUGGGACGGCAACAAGGAGCGUUGGGGCUACACCUCCAAGUGGACCAAUGACUACUCUAUGGUGCUGACAGGCGCCGCCAUCUAUCACAGGUAUUACCACUACCUGUACACUAACUACCUGCCAUCUAGUCUCAAGAGCAUGGUGGAUCAGUUGGCCAACUGCGAGGACAUCCUCAUGAACUUCCUGGUCUCUGCCGUCACCAAGCUACCGCCGAUCAAGGUCACGCAGAAGAAGCAGUACAAAGAGACCAUGAUGGGACAGUCUUCUAGGUCAUCUCGCUGGGCCGACCCGGACCACUUCGCUCAGCGGCAGACAUGCAUGAACAAAUUUGCCAGCUGGUUUGGCGCCAUGCCACUGGUCCGCUCCCAGAUGAGACUGGAUCCGGUCCUGUUCAAGGACCAGGUGUCCAUCCUGCGCAAGAAAUACAGGGACAUCGAGAGGCUCUGAAAGGACCGGCACCCCCACGGGGCGGACCCCACCCGGGGGGAAGCGUGAGGACGGGGAACGACGAAAGCUCGGCCCUCCACGCCAGUGAACAUUAGCGCUGUUGCUGAUGUCAUAUGUUUGGGAGUACAGAAGUAGAACAAAAACCGACAUGGGGACACUAAACACUAAAUUGCGCACACUGCUGAAAACAACAACAACACUUGGAUAAAUAUUUUUUGUGUAUGCCAUUGACUAUUCUGCUCUCGGAGCAGGUCCAUACAAGAAGAGGGAAGGGGUCUUUCUGUCAGUGUUUCACAUAACGUCGCCCACUGCAAAAGCCUCCGUGGGAACUCCAAGCAAUCCAUCCCGCAUCAGGACACAAUACGAGACUUGCUUACACGCCGACCCUACUUUGACCCUCCCACUACUUUUUUUCACCUGAUUUUUUUUUUUUUUUUUUUUUCAAAUCAGCUAUCUCUGAGAUAGUUGAUAUGCAGAGAAUCAUCUUUUUUUUGCGUUAUUAUUUGAAGGAUGUUGAGAUUUUGACCAUAUUGUACUUCUUCAUGGUCGCCACUAUUGACACAACCUGUAAUCUCGAGUCUCGUCCCCGAUCCUCUUUUUUCUUAUUAUUCUCUCGUUCUUUUACUUUUUGUGCGUGCGCGCAAGUGGCUGUGUGAGCCCCAUUAAGGUGGCUCAUCCAACCAUAAGUUUGCGUACGUUUCUCCCUCCAUCGCAGUCGAGCAAAAUGAACAUUUUAGGAUGAAAUGGAGCAAAGCCCGGAAUGUUUGAACCAAAACUGCCAUUUCAUCUUGCUCCGAUGGCCAGAAAUGUAACAUCUUUGCUGGCCUUUUCAGAUUUGUUUUUUUUUCCAAGCACCGUCAUUUCCUGGGAGUGCCAUUUUGACAUCAAGUCUGCCUUUAAAAUUAUUUAUUGCGUAUUUUUGCUGCCUGUAUUAGUUUGAGGCAGCUGGUUGCUCCAUCAAAUGACCAUCAGUCCAGUAACCGUGGUUUUCUUUAUUGUUUUACUUCUUUUUUUUUUCCUGCAAUGAGCAGCUUUUCUCCCAACAAAGCUGCCAUGUUGACGUCAAACAGGCUGACAGUUUGCACCUUAAUUGGCGAGAUCAGAAGUCCACACAGACACUUGAAUGAAACAAAUGUGCAUUUUGUUGCCUUUCUCUCAUGUGUGCGUUCAGCCAAAGCUGUGAAUCACGAACUGACAUUUUUUAGAAAUAUGCAACGGUGCCAUAUUGAGGCCAUGUUGACGCGAUAAAGAAGCUAAUCUCGAAAAUGUCACGUCAAAUGUUGCUCUCACAGGAAAAGUAAAUGGAAGCCAAAUCACGAGGAAGUACAAGUACAGUGGAACCUUAAAGGUUGUCCGAAAAGAAAUGAUAUAACAAAUACGAGCUAAGCUGUUAGCAUCUUACACUUAUCCUCCAUGCAGCAGACUAUCCCAGCUGAUUCUGGGUGUAGUAUCAUGCAGUAAAUAUUUUGGUUGCUGUCACAGACUAAAUGCUGGCAGGUCGUUUUUAACAAACACCUUAACGUUAUUAACUUCCAUACAUGUAUAUUAAAAAACUAAUAAUAGUUAUGAGCUAUUCAGUGAACCAAUAGGGACCAAGCCUGAAGGUGAGUUUUUCAAAAGAUAACUGAGGAACACCAAAUUGUGAAUAUCAGGGCUUAUAGCUACAAUAUAUAAUCAUAUCAUAUCUACCUUUUAUGACACAUGACAGAACUGGAACAGUUAAGGAAUUUGAGAGAAACAAGCUAAGGCUUAAUGUGGGUUCAUGUUCAAUAUAGUACAUGUAAAAGUCAAUUAUGACUAUAAUAUUACUGUGUCGUGUGAGUCUUCACAAUAAGAUUCAAGUUUCUCGUGAACAUUCCGUUAUUCUCUGAUUCAUGGCGACUAAUUGUUGCUUUCAAAAACUGUACCGACAAUUUGUCCUUCCAAGUUUUUAUGCGUUUUUCAAAGCAAAAAGGCUUGGCCAGUAAUUUUACGAUUGAAGCGUAUUGGAAUUUUGAGGUUCCACUGUACAAAUGUUUGCAUAUUUACACCUCUCGUUGUUGCAUCGUUUUACAGGCACUGUAAUAUACAGUACAUAAAGGUAAUAGGGCCACACAGAAAAAAAAAAAAACAUUUUCCCUCACAUUAACGAUGUGACUAUUAAGUGUGGCACUAAAACUUCUUUCAUAGGAUAUUUUGAGUUGACAAACAAUCUUGACACAGAUUAAAAUAUAUUGCAAUCCAGACAAAUCAUUUUAUUUUUGCCCUACUUUUCCCCCAUUUUCUAUGUCUUCUUUCCUUUGCAGUCCUUUUUUUAUUUGCUUUCUUUGUGGCAAAAUAGUUUUCAUCUACCGCACUUUUUUUCAAGCAUCUGUUCCCCAUUUUGUCUUAAAAUCCACAUCAAGCCUUUUUUUCUUCACGCCUGCUUGUUUGAAUAAUUGUCACAGAUCAUCGAGAAAAUUGCAUAUCCCGCAACUUUGCCAAAACAUCCCCACACUGUACAGAAACAUAUUUAUUUUUUUUGUAAACCAGACUGGUUCAUUUAUAAAGUGACAUAAGAUGAUCCUGCAUUGCUAAGGGGAGUAAAGUAUUUAUUCAUUCACAUGCCAAUAACACAACCGUGUAAAGUUUCACUCGACAUUUUUUAUUUUAUUUGUUCCUAGGAAACGACCACUGGUGUCCCACUUGUGCUAAAGUGUAACAUUUUGUAAGAGUUUUAACUUUUCACAUACACCAUUGAUCUAAAAUUGGACCGGGGUGCGCCAUGUUGGCUCUCAGCGGGAGUGAGAUUGCAAAGGCCCGAUUAAAAAAAUAAAUUAAUAAAUAGAUAACAUAAAAGGUAGGAUGGAGAAUGACGAGUGGCUGCACCAGAUGGAAACGUUCAGCAAACAUCGUGGUCGUUGCGCGCGAUAACGACUGAGGGACAGUGACGACCUCGCGUUGCCGUUGCCCCAUCCACUCUGCUGCCCUCCAUUUGGCACAGUGAAUUGUUUUUUUUGUUUGUUUGUUUUUUUCUUCCACAGUUUGGUCUUCACAUGAUGCAUUCGAGCUGCCUCACAAAAAGUAACCUCUGCAAGCUCGUAAUUGGGUCAGGACAAACAAAAGAAUAUGCAAGUUCUACACGCUUGGUGGAGGAAGGUCUUCCCAAAUGAAUACAACAAAAAAACAUAUAUAUAUAUAUAUAUAUAUUUAAAAAUGUGCCAGAUGGUAGAUGUUUAUUUUUGAUUUGUGCCUUUUGUCAACGUUAGUUUUUGCACUUCUGAGGAACAUCUGUCGUGCUUAUCGGUGGCCGCUUAUUUGUUGUCAUAUCACCACAAAAAAAAUCCCCUUUUCAUCUUUGCAUUUGCACAACCAUGUUUUUGGAUUAUUUAUCAUUGGCGCCUGUGAUCAGGUGACCCGCCACAAGCUGAUGCGUGAGGUCAAACUCGAGAUGCGGCUGUCCUGAUGCCUUCUCCUUUCUCCUCCUCCUACUAUGUAAAGACUUUUAUAGAGGUCACAAAUGAGAUAGAUAAUGAUUUUGUAAGGAUGAUUUAUAAUAAAAUAAACUCAUUUGAAGAU